UGUGACGGUUGAGUGUUCUGUUGUUAAAAUCCAGCCAGUAGUCAGUAUAAAGAGAACGGACCUAAGGCACGGAACUACGAGUUUAACUCAUGAUGUCCAUUCGUCCGACUAAUGUUGUUGUUGCUUUUUGUUUUCAUUAAAGAAGUUGGAUUCAGUUCAGUUUUUAAUUAAAGGGCGAUAAAUACUUUCCAGGAUUAUCGUUUCUCAUCGAAUUUUUUUUUUCAUUUUUGUAUUGUGGGUGUUGUGUAAUUUAUUUAAAUAUCCAUAUAGAAAAAAAAGAGCUUUUUGGAAAAUUUAAUUUUCUGUAAAUGGUCUUGACAUAAUAAUAUGUGAAAUUAAUUAAUUUUUAAUAUGUGACUAUUCUUUUAGUGCAACAUACAAUUUUUAAAUAAGAUAACAUAGUUUUUGCAAAAUUUUCUGAUAUAUUGUUGUGACUGAAGUAUUUUUUCCGCUAACAACUAAAACAAAAUCAUAAAAAAAUGGGUAUACGCGACCAGUUGAAAGUAUUUCGUCGAAAUCGUGCUACAGAACCACAAAGAAGGAGAUCCUUAUUCAAUUUAGUUGCUCCUAAUCAAAUAACCGAAGAAUCGUUGCAAGUAUGGCGGGAACUACCGGAGCAAAUACGACAGGACCCUAGUUUGGUAUCUUUUCAAGUUGAGAACGAUCGUUUACAUGGUUCAUCUACUCCAAAUGGUGAACGAUAUGUCAGUUCUAGUGACGAAAUCGAAUCAACUUUGAAUGACAUCAAAGAUGGUUCGGAAUAUAUAAAUUUGAAAACUUACAAACCAAAAGCAAGACUAACAAGCUGUUCUUGUGAAGAAAAAAGUCCAAAUUGCGAAAACCACAACUCAAUUAUUGACCAUCAGCAACCGUUUAUUGAAAGUGGUGGAAAAAGUUCGAAGCAAAUUCGAAAUGAAAAAUUAAUUAAAAAGAUUUGCCUUUUGAUAUUUUGGCUUCUUUCAACGCUAACUUUGUUAAGUACUCAUGAGAAACAUUUGAUGCAUCAGCAACUUUUAGUACCUGAAUAUGAAGAAAAACUUUAUUUUCUUCCAAGAAAUCCUAUGGGAAAUUUUAAGAUCACUCUACUUGGUGCCUUCGAUGAAUCCCACAAUUCAACUGCAGACUUUUUGACCGUCCAAUUGCAAGUGGUGAAAUUAAUGAAUUGGAAUGAUAGUGAAAUUGCUGAGGAUAUACUUGAGCCAUGGAUUGUGCCAAUAGUUCCUGAAGACGAAUUCGACACAACUUCAAUGAACUCGAAAAACAGAACUUUCUUUGUUAGCCGAGAAAUAUUAUCUCAAUUGGAUGAUGAUAAUAACACUCGAUUGAGAUUGAAAAUGUUCACAAAUGAAACUUCUUCGGGAUUUGCAUUGAAGCUUUUCUUUGAUCCUUUGGUGAUAAAUAUUGAACAAGGCAUUGUGCUAGCUACUUUGAUACUAUCAGCUUUUUAUGGUUUGUUAGUUUGGGAGGUUUUCCAUAGGACAUUUAUAGCAAUAGUUUGCUCAACAGCUUCUAUUGCAAUAUUGGCCUUUUUGGGUGACCGACCGACAAUGGAAGAAAUCGUUGUUUGGAUGGAUAUGGAAUUGUUAACUUUGCUCUUUUCGAUGAUGAUUCUUGUAGCUAUACUUACGGAAACUGGAAUCUUUGAUUAUUUGGCAGUUUUGACUUUUGAGAUUUCCGGCGGUAAAAUUUGGCCUCUUAUAUACAGCCUCUUGAUAACAACAUGCUGUAUAUCUUCUGUCCUGGAUAACAUGACAACUGUGCUCCUUAUGACUCCUGUGGCCAUAAGACUUUGUGAAGUAAUGGAAAUUGAUCCUGUACCAGUUCUAAUGGGUAUCAUAGUUCACGCUAACAUCGGUGGAGCAAUAACUCCCAUCGGUGAUCCCAUCAGCAUUAUAGUCUGCUCAAAUCAUUUCAUAUCACGAAAUGGAGUAACAUUCACCAAUUUUGUGGCCCACUGUUUACCUGGAGUAGUUUUGACUGUUCUUUUCAGCUGUCUCUAUAUGAGACUUAAAUUUUGGGAUAUUAAUUCGUUAAGAGUAAAUGAACCAAAAGUUCUUCGUGAACUUCGUCGGGAAAUCAUAAUCUGGCAGAGAGCAGCUAACUCUUUGCAAACCUAUUCGAAAGAUGUUGAUAUAGUUCGUGAAACGCUAUUGAAGAAAGUUGAAAUUUUGAAGUACAAAUUGAAGAAGAAGCAAACUGGUGUUGGAUCGGAAGAUGCUUAUAUACGAACUUUGGAAGAGCUUAAAGCUGCAUAUCCAAUUCGACAUAAAACUCUUCUGAUUCAAUCGGUCUUUACACUGGUCUUUGUGAUUUCUAUGUUUUUCGUGCAAUCAGUGCCAAGUUUGCAAACUCUUCCUCUUGGUUGGGUAGCAUUACUUGGUGUUGUCCUUCUAAUGAUUAUAUCCAGUCGGAAUGAUAUGGACGCUAUGGUGCAUAGAAUUGAGUGGACAACACUGCUUUUCUUCGCAGCUAUGUUUGUGAUGAUGGAGUGUGUAGAAAGACUUGGUCUUUUCAUUUGGAUUGGAAACCACACAGAGAAAAUAAUCUUGCUCGUCAGCAAGGAACAUCGAUUGGCAGCAGCUGUAUUUAUUAUUCUUUGGAUUUCUGCAAUUACUUCGGCUGUGCUUGAUAGUAUUCCAGUGACAGCUAUGAUGGUAAAGCUUGUGGUGUCUUUAGUUGCAAAGGACACAUUAGAUUUGCCUCUUCAGCCUUUAGUUUGGGCACUCGUUUUUGGAUGCUGCUUAGGAGGAAACGGAACUCUUUAUGGAGCAUCUGCUAAUGUUUUGUCUGCUGGUAUGGCUGAACAGCAUGGAUACAAGAUAUCUUUUACAAGAUAUUUGAAGUUUGCUUUCCCUAUGAUGAUUGGACAAGUUGCACUUAUUACAGCGUACCUUAUGGUUGCACAUAUUUUAUAUGCGUGGCAUUGAAAAGAAAAAAAAAAAGGAUUCUUAUAUUAUACGAGUAUUUACUUACAUACAUAAAAUGUAGUUUAGGGAUUUAAUGCAAUAAAAAAUA